CCGCGCUGUCACCGUCCAAAGCCAAGAAAACAAUUCCAUUAUUAGUCAUUAAGAAACCUAAUUUUGUUGGUUUACGCCCAUUUCUGACAAAACGAAACUUUGUAAGACAUGCGGAAAUGAUCGAGGAGUCAGCAGGUCUAGAAGUGACUGUACUGGUACAUGGCAGGUCCACCAGACAUGACUUCUGCGCUCUGCAUUCUGCUAAACAGAUCAGAAAGUCGCUAGACAGUCAGCUCAGAGAUCACUGAAGAUGAAGUGCCCUGGUUGUGGUCACAACCUUUUAGAGGAGAACGCCAAGUUCUGUAGUGAAUGUGGCCGGAAGCUGUCUGCCCCACCAGCAAACGCACAAGAUACAGGUGAUCAGCCCAGAUCCUUGGUAGCACACUCUGAAGGUACAGCUGAGGAAUCAGCAAGACGGAACACAGCCUCACCUGAUGAGGGAAAAUAUGCCAAUAGAUCCCCAAAACGACCAAAUGAUGAGAGCAUCUCCAACCCAAAGAAAAGGAAAAAAAAAAGAAAGCGGAACAAAAAAAAGAAAGAUGGCACCUCUUCAUCAGAGCAAGAUCAAAGCUUAUCUGAGAUGUCCCAUGUAUCUGAGGGAGAAAACCAGGGAGCAAAGAUGAAGGGUGGAGGAGACUCCUCAGACAGCGAAAGCUCAGAAAAUAUUAUGGAUGAAACACCUGAGUCACUCCAUGAGGACCCCUCCUCACUAGAGAGCCAGCCCAGUUCCAUAGUGGCCAACACUCCUGCUGCACCACUUGAAGACAAACAAGUCAUUCAAAGUGGACCAACUGCUGAGAAGGAAGAGGCAGCAGCUAUGACCCAAUCUGAGGAAGCUCCAGGUAAAUCAACUCGGGAUCAGAGUCUGAACUCAGACACUCCAACCCAACGACCUCCCUUGAGGGAUGGCAAUAUGGUGACAGGGAUGUCUCAGUCAGACGCAGACAAAGUGAAAAAGACCACCGACUCCAAAGAUAAAAAAACGGACAGAAAAAACUCUAAGAACAAAAAAGACACUACACAACCUACACUGGACCAGAACGCCAACAUGGAGAAGAGCCCGAAACAGACAGUACCAGGCAAACAGAAAGGAAAGAGUCAGGAGCAGAAACAGAAACCCACUGAACCAGCUGGACAACAGAAGAUCUUGGGACCUGGUUCCCAGUCAAAGGCUGACAGAGCAGGUUCCAAUGUGGACCCUGAUGAGACUGCCAUGGUUGUUCAGCAGUCUGGGAGAGGGGGAGCGAUGGAGACGAGCCCUAAACAGACAGAACAGAGUAAACAGAAGGGGAAGAGUCAGCAGGAGCAGAAACCAAAGCCCACUGCUGUAUCUGGACAACAGAUGGUCUUUGGACCUCAAUCACAGUCAAAGGCUGAUGGAGCAGGAGCAAAUGUGGACCCUGAAGAGACUGCCAUGGUUGUUCAGCAGUCUGGAAGUGAGGGAGAGAUGGAGACAAGCUCUAAACAGACAGGACAGAGUAAACAGAAGGGGAAGAGUCAGCAGGAGCAGAAACAGAAGCCCUCUGCAGCAGGUGGACAACAGAAGAUCUCUGGACCUGGUUCCCAGUCAAAGGCUGACAGUGCAGGUUCAAGUGUGGACCCUGAAGAGACUGACAUGGCUGUUCAAAAGUCAGGGAGCAGGGGAGACUCAACCACAGCACAAUCCAUGGAUGAAGACAAAGAAAGUAAAGGUGACAGCAAGGGCAACACAGAAUCUAACACCACUGCUGCCCCCCCUCCUAAAAGGCUAACCAGGAGCAAGACUGUUGCUGCGUCUGAGAGGCUCACAAUCUACUUCCAUGCUGUCCUUUCAAAGGAUUUCAAAUUUGAUCCAAAAGAAGACCGGGUCUUCAUCAGAGCUGGGUCUCGCAUUGGGACAUGGGAAGAUAAUGCAGUUGAGCUUUGUGCAACCAGUGAUCUUGGAGAGCAUGGGUUCCUGGUUGAGGGCAGUCUGACAACAAAAAAGUCUGAUGCUGUGGCAGUGUCGAUACCGUACAAAUAUGUUGUCUACAAGAAUAAAAAGGGCAAAUAUGAGUAUGAGUUCAUAUACAAACUGGAUUCUACACAGCAAACUGUCAACAGGUGUUUGUUUGUGAAAUCCCAUCUGCUCAAUGAAGAAGGGGACUGGCAUCAGUAUGAUGACAUAGUCUGUGUUGAGCCAUCAAAAAACAUGCUCAAACGUUUGACAGAUACCAUAAAAGACACCAUCUGGCGUGACCAAAAGAAGGAUCUGAUUCAGGGGAGGAAAAUUGCUGGGAAGAUAAUGCUAGAGACCAUAUUUGAUCUUCUUAGGAGCUGGACUGUUGCCAAUCUGAAAAGUUUCCUGAUCCAGCUCAAUCAGUUCUUUCAGGUUUAUAGUGAGCCUUUUGUGUACGAAGACAGACAAAAAAGAUGGUUAUCCUUGGACUUUGGAAAAGAUGAAGUGAGAGAGAUGCUGAAGGACUUCAUGCUGGAAAACGUGAUUCCUCAGGUGUCUAAGGAAGGAGAUCAGAAAAUGCUCUACAUGCAGGAUCCCAUGAGGGCUGCUGUGAUCAUGCUCUGUGUGCACACACAGUAUGAUAUCAGACUAAAAGAUGCUGAACUACAUGGGCUCUGCACUGCACUGUGCCUGCCAAACAUGCACAAAGAGGAUUUCCUUCGAUACUGGGAAGAUUUCUCCCAGGACAUUCCCUUUCUCAAAAAUCUGGCAGAAAACUUGGUGUCAUUGAUAAAAGCUGUAAGAAAUGUAGGAAUGCCACGAUGGAUUCUGGUCCUGCCACUCCUGCACCUCCUAAAAGGCAACUCAAAGCCCUUUGAAGCACCAAACUCUGGAAACUCAAAGAAUGGCUUAUCCUGGGCAGGCUUACAGGGUCUUGAAAUAUAUAGCUCAACCUACAUGAACAGUCAAAACAGGAAGGCACUGAUCAAUUUGAUGAAGAACCACAGUCACCUGAUGAAGGUCGAUGCACUUUUAGUGCGAUCCUGCCUGUACCUGAUGCCCUUUGAUGACCUGAAAGAAUGCCUCACACACAUCAACGCUGAGCUUCUGGAUGUGCUUAAUAUUUUCAUUAACAAAGCUCCUCAGGAAAUUUCCUACAGUAGCUUCCAGACAGUGUCUGACAUCCUCUCACAUGUCCAAGAGCACCUCAUUCAAGAAAAAUACAGUGCUGUCAGCGUGGACUAUAGGAGGUCGUGUCUGGUGGCAGCAGUAAGACUGUUGGAUAAGCUCUGCAAAGGUGUCAGACUGGUAUCCUUAAGCCAGCCUGGGGUUAAUAUCCCUGUGGCUUGUAUGCAUCUGGUCGCAUCGGUGUCCGACUUUGUCUACAACAACAUGCAACAGGAGUCAGAGGAAGGGGAAAAGGAGCAGAAAUAUGCAAAAGACGUGGUGAUGUCUCAUGCCAUGGUCAUUUUAAGAGACUGGAUGAGUUGGUCCUUCAGGAAGCAUUUGCUCAACAGUGGUCUGACAUCCCUGUACCAAGUUGAGGCUACAGCGGAGAUUGAAAUGUGGAACAACAUAAUCUCCAUCAACUUCAGAGACAAAGACUGCACAAGAGAAUGGAGACAGACGUUCACAAUGGAUUUUGAGGGCAAGUACAAACAGGAAUCUGCUGUGGAUCAAAUCGAAUUCUACUGCACAAAGAUCGAGGACCUCAGUAAAUCACAGCCACAUAUUGCUUCAAGCAUUGAGAGGUGUGCUCUGGACGCUGUUACAUCUUUGUGUCAGACCAAGUCUGAAGGGAAACUGUUUGAGAGGUUCAAGAUAAGUUGGAAGUUUGGGAAACUCAUCUCCACAAUCAUCGAAAAAUCCUGGCCAAAGGACUGUCAGGGAAAUAAUCAGGAAGAUGGAGAAGUGGUCCUUCAACACCUCCUCUCUUGGACAGCCGCCAAAAACAUUUUCCAACUACAUGGUGCGGGUGAAAACCUCAUUGAGAAGCUCUCACAGGAGGCCAUGGACAGAAUUGCCAUGGCUGUAUCAGCCUUUACUGCCAUGAACGAUAAACUGGUCCAUGGAGACAUCAAGAUCAGCAUGCUCAAUAUCAUCCUGGAGCGGAGCAAUGCCUACUUGGAUCUGUUGAAAAUUGAUUGCCUUGCUGACAAAAAACAAUACAAGGACAGUGGCAAAAUGAGGAGGCUUUUACAGUGCAGACAAGAUGAAGUGACAGCUGUGUACCAUGAGAAGGAGCUUGUGGACACUCUCUUAACAAUGAGCCACAAACUGGAGGAACACAUGACAGUUGAUGUGGCGGACAUGGAAGAAAGACAGCAGGUCAACAUUGACAACAUGCCCCUGAACCGUUUCAUGGAGGUCCAUCAAAUUGACCAAAUGCCCUCCCCCAUGGCGGGUGUGGUUACCCACUUCAGUCUGGAAGAAGACAUCAGAAAAAUGGCUGAGGUCCUGCACACCUUCAGAGACAGUUACAUAUUCAAUAUGUGCUGGGAGAAACAAGCCAAACUUGUGGCUUCUGAAGAAAUGGAAGAAGACAAUCCUGAUGAGCAAAAAGUAGCCGACAUUAUGGCAUCACCGGAGAUGAUACAUGAUGGAAUUUUCCGGCCUUGCAUUGCCAAUUACACUGACAUCUACGCUUGUCUGAAGAAUGGCAGUAUAAGGCUUGGGGAGGUGGACCAGCUCUUCAGUGCUUACAAGGGGAAGUACGAUGAGCUUGCGCGGGACCUGGACAUUAUGUGCAGAGUUGAUAAAUCCACUGAAAAACAGUGGAUCCACAGCAGGGUUCAACAGAUCGAGCAGUUUCACGAGCUUCAUCUAGCUGUGGCUUCAGCUGAAAUCAUCAUGAAGGUCAAAGAGACACUUCACCUUCAAGGGGACUUCAGGGUCAUGGAAACACUCACUGAAGCUAGUCGUGCAGACUUUCAGAACGAGCAGCUCAAUCGGAUUGACAAUGACUUGAUGCAGGCAAAGAAAGUUCUGGUGGACAUUACGGAGACUCGCAGACUGUGCCUGCAGGAGCUUGGUCUCAGAGGACACUUUGUGAAAUGGGUAAAAGAUGCUCUUGAAGAUAUCAAUGAGCUGAAGGUCUUUGUUGACUUGGCCUCCAUCUCUGCGGGAGAGAAUGACAUGGAUGUGGAUCGUGUUGCUUGCUUUCAUGAUGCUGUCCUCGGCUACUCUUCAAUGCUGUAUGAACUCAAACCAGAUUCUGGUUUCCAAGUCUUCAAAGCGGUGCUCAGUAAGCUCUGGAGAGCUUUGGAGAACGACUGCAACCUCCCCAAAAAACUGCAGGACAGUGCACGGCAUUUGGAAUGGCUAAAGACAGUGAAGGACAGUCAUGGAUCAGUGGAGCUGUCGUCUUUAUCUCUGGCAUCAACCAUCAACAACAAGGGAAUCUACCAGAUCAGUGCACAAGAUGUAAAAAAGCUGAGUCUUGACACGGCCCUGAAGCUGCAGAUUCCAGAGGAGCAUGAUGAGGGUCAGCAGAUGCGCUGCUACUCUCUGGAGGACCUGCGAGAGCUGCAGAACAAACUCAUGCUCAUGUCUGGAAAAGGGGAUCAAGGCCAGAAUGAAGUUGAUCAUUUUGCAGAGGUUUUCGCAAGUGUCCAAAGACUUGCUGAGGCAUUCAUUGCCCUCUACACUGCUGGGAAUCCUCUGUUCAGACACUGGGAAGCACAGAUCAGCUGCUCUAUAAGCAACAAGCAACCCAGUAUUAUGAUGGACUUCCACCUCGGCAGUGUUGUCAGUGUUGUCAUUGUAGAGGGCAGCGUAGAGGAACAGCUUCCUGAAUUUUGCAGGAAAAUGGAGAAAUGUUUGGAGUACUGGAGGGACUUUGUGGACAGACAGAGAUCUAAGCAUUACUAUCUGAACUACUACACAGCUGAACAAAUAGUAUACCUCUGCAGCAAGCUCAGUCAACAAAACGUGACCAGUGUUGAGGACCCGGUUCUCAUGAUGCUCUCCUUUGUCAAGCCAAAUUGCACAGCCUCAGACUUAAGGCAGAUCUGGCAUUCACUCCAGUAUGAAAUCCUCACCAAACCAGAAGAACAAAAUGAGGACAUUGAGUUUCAGACUUUUAUUGUGGUGCCACAAACUGAGCUGGGAGAUCCAGAUUUCAGCAGCCAGUUUGACACUUUGCCAAGUCUUGUAGAACAAGCAGGUGGUUCCCAAAAGUUUGAUCUCAUUUGGAAUGCUUACAUGAAAGACAUGAAAAACUUUCUCCCACAAAUUCUCGAUACACAAAGUCUUGGAAGACUGUUGGAAUUGUUGGCUAACAAAAAAGAUGAACGGGAAGAAGAUGACAGAGAAGAGGACAUUUCCGAUUUUAAUCCUGCAAAUCUCAUAAUGAGGCAGCUUCCCAAAGGCCUUGCAACAGGAAACCCAAACCUCAUUGUCUGUCCACAGGAUGAUGUCUUGACAUCUUGCAUCUCCAUUUACAUGAGCAGUGGAGCUGAGGCACUUCCAUCCUACGACGAGGUCCUCCUUUGCAGCUCCUCAACACCGUACGAACAGGUGGAGCUAUUUCUCAGACGCUGUCUCAGCUCAGGCUACAGGGGACAGAAGAUAUACACUCUACUGUAUGGAGAUCUCCUCUCUUAUGAUGUGAGCUCCAAAGUUGAGCACUUUUUCCAACGUAUGAAAAUGAAGAGCCAGAGAGACUACAGGCUUGUUGUCAUCUGCAGCUCAGAAAGAGAACAUGCCUACCUCCCCUCUGCCUUCAGCCAGUAUAGGUUGCACAUGGUUCCCCAGGAACCAUUGGCAAGGAUCCAGAGCUACCUGCACAAUCACUUUGUUGUUCCAGCAGAUCAAUGCAGUUCUGCAGCUGCUUUCAGAGACCGACUGUGUGUUGGCGUCGUCUCAUCACAAAGGGCUGGUGUUGGUAAGUCUCUCUACAUCAAGAGGCUGUAUGAAAAGCUGAAACUCUCAACAAAGAAGUCGACAAUGUUGAAAUGCAUUCGCUUGAUUGAACCAUACGUGGAUGAGAACGUUAUCCUUCAAUCGCUUAUGAACACCUCAGAGAGGAAGGAACUCAUGGUGUUCCAUUUCGACAUCACAUCAUCGGUGCAGAAAGGUCUCAAUGAGUUUCUUUUCAAACUGCUGGUUCUGCGCUAUUUGAUGGACUCUGAGGGAAAAAUGUGGAAGUGCAGUGACAAGCAGCUGUAUCUCAUAGAGAUAUUAGAGCACACAAGGAAUGCUUCACAGCACGCUCAAACUUUGAAAAGCACAUUCACAGAUGUGUUUCCAAAUAUUUUUUGCCGAGCACCCAAAGAGGUCCUAAUGCUCGAGAUGAACAAGUCAGAAGAUCCCACCCUUGCAACCAUGGACGAUCCACUGAUGGAUGACAAUGAAUUCCGCAGUGCAGCCUUUCAGCGGCCAUACCAGUAUCUCUCACGGUUUCAUAACCACAGUGAUCUUGAUGUGUUCACAUAUCAAGGUGUUGAAGGAUCACACGUGGAGUGUCUCCAGAUGCUCCUCAUGUACUGUGGAAUCAUGGACCCAUCCUGGGCCGAAUUGAGAAAUUUUGCCUGGUUCCUCAACCUUCAGCUGCAAGACUGUGAGACAUCUGUGUUUUGUGAUGCCACUUUCACUGGAGACACAUUAGCUGGAUUUAAAACCUUUGUGGUGGACUUCAUGAUUCUGAUGGCAAAGGACUUUGCCACUCCAUCACUUAGUAUCUCUGACCAGAGCCCAGGCAGGCUGCAGAUGGACCUGAAUGGUGUCCGAGAUGAAGACUUGGCCCCUUUUCUGAUCAGAAAGAGAUGGGAAACAGAGCCACACCCGUACAUCUUCUUCAAUGAUGACCAUGUGUCCAUGACCUUCAUUGGUUUCCAUCUUCAGCCAAAUGAUCAGAACUAUGUUGAUGCAAUUGAACCCACCUCUGGCAGAGUGAUAAAAAAGAACGUCAUGACAAAAGCACUGUAUGAAGGCCUAAAGCUGCAGAGGGUCCCAUUCAACAUGGACUUUGAUAGCCUUCCACGAGGAGAGAAAAUAGAGCGCAUCUGCAAUGUUCUUGGUAUCCAGUGGCCUCUUGAUCCUGACGAAACAUACGAGCUAACAACCGAUAACAUCCUGAAGAUGCUGGCGAUCCAUAUGCGAUUCAGAUGUGGUAUUCCUGUCAUCAUCAUGGGAGAAACAGGGUGUGGUAAGACAAGGCUCAUCAAAUUCCUUUGUGAGUUGCAAAGGAGUGGAGUGGCCACAGAGAACAUGAAGCUAGUCAAGGUUCAUGGAGGAACAACCUCAGAGAUGAUCUACACCAAAGUCAGAGAAGCUGAAAACAUUUCUUCUGUGAACAAGCAAGACUAUGGAUUUGACUCUGUUCUCUUCUUUGAUGAAGCCAACACUACUGAGGCCAUCAGCAGUAUAAAGGAGGUCCUCUGUGACAAGACAGUGAAGGGGGAAAGCUUGACACAGGACUGUGGGUUGCAAAUUAUUGCAGCAUGCAACCCUUACCGCAAACACACAGAUGAAAUGAUUAAGAGGUUGGAAUCGGCUGGUCUCGGGUACAGAGUUCGAGCUGAAGAGACAGACGAAAAGCUUGGGUCUAUCCCUCUCCGCCAGUUGGUCUAUAGAGUUCAAGCGUUACCACCAAGCAUGAUACCUCUGGUCUGGGACUUUGGACAGUUAAAUGAUCACACAGAGAAAAUAUACAUCCAGCAGAUUGUGCAAAGAGUGAUUGAAAAAAAAUCAAUCAGUCAAACUCACCUCAAGUGCAUCACUGAUGUCCUUUCAGCGUCACAGAAGUACAUGCGCACAAGAAAGGAUGAAUGCAGCUUUGUCAGCCUGAGAGAUGUAGAGCGCUGCAUGCAGUCUUUCGUUUGGUUCUAUGACAACCACCUCAUGUUGUUUGCAGAACUCGAAAAAUUUGAGAGACUUCAAAUUGCUGAGAACAGUGAUAGGAAUCAAAGACAGCUUGGGGACAGAGACCCUGUACUCUGGUCUCUAAUUAUGGCCGUUGGAGUGUGCUACCAUGCCUGCCUGGAAAAAAAGGAUAAAUACAGAGAGAAGGUCAGCAAAAGCCUUCCAUCAGCCUACAGCCAUGCAAAGCUAAUGCAAGAGAUCUCACUCAUGCAGGAUGUACUUUUGAGUGGUGUGCCAAUGGGGGACACUAUCGCGAGAAAUAGUGCUCUCAAAGAGAAUGUCUUCAUGAUGGUUCUCUGCAUUGAGCUGAGAAUCCCUCUCUUUUUGGUGGGAAAACCAGGAAGCUCAAAAUCCCUGUCAAAGACUCUGGUGGGAGAUGCGAUGCAGGGCCAAGCUGCUCACUCUGACCUCUACAAGAUGUUUAAACAGAUCCAUCUGGUAUCCUUCCAGUGCAGCCCACACUCAACACCAGAGGGCAUCAUUAAUACUUUUAAGCAAUGCGGACGAUUCCAGGAAGGAAAGAAUUUGGAUGAGUACAUAUCAGUUGUGGUCCUUGAUGAGAUUGGGCUGGCUGAGGACUCUCCAAAGAUGCCACUGAAAACCCUCCAUCCCCUGCUGGAAGAAGGAUGCAUAGAUGAUGAGCCCCUACCACACAAAAAGGUUGGUUUCAUUGGAAUCUCCAACUGGGCCUUAGACCCUGCAAAGAUGAACCGAGGCAUUUUUGUCUCCCGUGGUGACCCUGAUGAAAAAGAGCUCAUCGAGAGUGCUAAAGGCAUCUGCAGAUCGGAUGCAAUGGUUUUAGAGAAGGUCAGGGAUUUCUUCCAGCCAUUUGCAAGAUCGUACUUGAACAUCUGUCACAAACAAACAAAACAAGGCAAAGGAUUCUUUGGCCUGCGAGACUACUACAGCUUGAUCAAGAUGAUUUUCGCAUUGGCAAAGAUAUCUCAUCGGAAACCCACUGCAGAGGAAACAAUGAAGGCAGUCCUGAGAAACUUCAGCGGCAGGGAUGAUGUGGAUGCAGUCACCGUCUUUACCAAGAGAUUGAAGAUUGCACCCAAUCUGGAGAACAUCAGUGCUAUUGAGUUUGUGAGGGAAAACAUCCUAGCAGUUGGACAAGAGGAAGACUGCCGGUACCUGCUGGUGCUAACAAAGAACUAUGCAGCCCUCCAGAUCCUACAGCAAACCUUCUUCUCAGAAAGUGGUCAGCCAGAGAUUAUCUUUGGAUCAAGCUUCCCAAAAGACCAAGAGUAUACCCAAAUCUGCAGAAACAUCAACAGAGUAAAGAUCUGCAUGGAAACAGGUAAAACGGUUGUGCUUCUUAACUUGCAGAACCUCUAUGAAAGUCUGUACGAUGCCCUCAACCAGUACUAUGUCUGCUUGGGAGGACAGAAGUAUGUUGACCUUGGACUGGGAACCCACCGUGUGAAAUGCAGGGUGCACAAAGACUUCAGGCUGAUCGUCAUAGAGGAAAGAGAGGUGGUCUACAAACAGUUCCCAAUACCUCUCAUAAACAGGCUGGAGAAACACUACCUGGACAUCCAAACUGUCCUCAAAAGCGAGCAGAAAAGACUGGUGAAGGAAUUGGAGAAAUGGGUCCAACUCUUUGUGUCUGUUGGCAGUCAACACAUUGCAGCAGCUCAAACAUACAAAUACAAAGCGCAAGAUGUCUUCAUUGGCUACCACUCUGACACGUGUGCAUCUGUGGUGCUUCAAGUAAACGAGAAGCAGAGGGACAUUACAGAUAUCUCAGAUCCUGAGAGGAGAGUUCUGGAUGAAGCCAAACUCAUCCUGCUCAAAUGUGCCACACCGGACUCAGUUGUAAGACUGGACUGCACAGGCCUUCCCAAAGUGGAGAGUGAAAACCUGUCCAGGGUCUACUUUGAAGAGCAGGGAAACAACUGUUUGGCUGACUUCAUUCUUGCUCACACAACUCAGGAAGUCCACUGCCAGUCCUCCUUUACAGAGGUGACAACAUUUUCCAGACUUCUGACGGCAUCUGACUUGAAACCACUGGAGCAAAUGUUGCACCAUGUUGAGCUCCUUUCGCUCCAGCAGUUUGACACAGAGCAGUCCUUCCUGAAGAAGAUCAGGAACUUCCUCACAGCUGAAAACAGGAGCAGUAACACUGGACCAUGCAACAAGAUCCUCCUUAUUCAGUGUGACUUUGAAGUCUCUCAAAGUGCCAAUCUCAUCGCAUCUGCAAAGUAUUCGUCCAUAAAUGAAAUCAACAAGAUAACUCAGGAGAGCAUGGGAAGCAGGGUGUUUGUCUACUUCAUCACCAGAUUGCCCAGAAUGGAGGGAGGGAGUUCCUACAUUGGCUUUCAUGGAGGCCCCUGGACAUCAGCACACAUUGACGACCUCAGACAGUCAAAAGACAUUGUCUCAGACAUCAAAGCUUUACAAAAAAUGACAAUCAGUGAGAUGUUCGAAACAAAGACAAGUCCACCUGAAGACAUGGAGGUCGACGACAUGUACAGAGAGGAUGAAGAGGAAGCAGCUCAAGGAAAUGAGCAGUCUGAGGAAAAGGGUCCAGAUAGUGUUGUGGAUACCACAGCGCUGCUGAGGAGCUGUGUGCAGAGUGCAGUCGGCAUGCUCAGGGACCAGGUGGACAGCGGCCUCCGAAGCACUCAGAGAGUCGAAAUCCUGCUGACACUCCUCAGUGACAAUGAUGAUAUAAAAGGUGAAUUUCUUCAAAUUGCGAAGAGGCAUCUCCACUCAUUGCUAUGUUCUCAUGAUGGCAACACCUUCUCAUCCAUCAAAAGUAACUGGGUCAUUAAGGAGGCCUCUAACCUUGAUGCUCUGCAAGAAGGAGGGACUUUCAGGAACACCUUAUGGAAGCGUGUUCAAGCUGUGGUCGUGCCCCUGUUGGCUCAGUUGGUUUCAGUCAUCGACCGGGACCAAAACUUGAACAUUCUGCUUGAUGGAAACUGUGGUGAAUCUGUCAAAAGGCUUUGGUUGGAUAUCUUUGGCAAUGAUAAACUGCUGGAAAUCACACACCUAACACUGGACCAGAACAAUGGGACAAGAACAAUCCUCGUACCGAACAACACUGCCCAAGACCAGAUCAUGAGCUGCAGCAUGCCGUUCAGCUGGAGGAUCAAGAACUACCUGGAGGAGCUCUGGGUCCUUGCACUUCAACAUGAAGGCCAAACUCAGCUGGAGUUUGAUAACUUCUUUUGGAAGACACCACUUGGGCGGUACAUUGCAAAAGCAGACCCAGAGACGCAAAAGGAGUAUUUUCACCGCUACCUUCAGGAUUUCAUCAUCAUGACAAUGAGCGUGACAUGUCUGGAAGAUCUUCAGAUCCUGCGUGGUGCCUUGGGUUGUUGUGUCAAUGAGUUGCGAUUGCAGCUUAGUGCCACAGACAUGGUGGUAUCUCUUCCAUGGGUCAACACUGCUUAUCAUGAAUUCAAAAACCGGCUGCAGAACCUCUCAAGGAUGCUCUGUAUAGAGCCCCAGGUGAAACAACACCUCUUGCAGAUGUCCAAUAAUGCAGUUGGUGAUGAACUGGUGCUGGAUGUGUAUGCUGCUCUUGCGUGUGUGGAGUACCUGGAGCCUACAGUCUUGAACACAGACAUCCAAAGACAAGCUUGGCUCAGACAAGUCAAAAAACUCCAAGUUCCCAUUGAGUUGAUCUGCUCAGAGGACAGUGUGCGACGCUACAGUGAGCGAAGCAAAACAAUUGUCCAUAGAGUCAAAGCUGGAUGGAGUCGGAUAUUUUCCCUCUCUCUGUUUGUGGAGCACAUGUUGUUUGGAAUUGAAGAGGUAGAGAAAAAGCUUACACCUCUGGUUUUGGAGCACACACGAGGGCUUGGCCAGGUUCUGGAGAAAAAUUCCGACCUCAAAACCCAGCAGCCGUUUGAGGCAGUGAUAAGUUUGCUCAAAACCUGCAAAGAUCAAGCAGUCAACACCUUCUUCAGGUUUGGUGUCACGCUGUGCCCAGUGUGUAUGGGAGACCCCCAAAAUCCAAUCUGCCUACCAUGUGAACACAUGUACUGCUUAAUCUGCAUCAAACAGUGGUUGGGUCCCGGUCAGAUGUACUGUCCUCUCUGCAUGCAGCCAGUUCGGGACGACUUCCCGAUGGUUCCCUCAGGAGACAUUAUGACUCUAAUCAACAAACAUGCUCAGUUCCGAAAGCAGUGCAAUGCUUUCUUCAUUGACCUGGUCUCCACUGUGUGCUUCAAGGACAACUCUCCCCCUUGUCCAGCUGUCAUUCUCCAUUUGUUGUCAUUUCUCAUGGUGGAGGCGACACCUACGCCCAUUCUCGGUGUUAAUCGACAAGUCCUGACGAAGGUGCUCUCUCCAUUUGAUGACUCUGUGGAUAAAAAUCCAGUGGUUCGUUCUGUAGUGCUCAAGCUCCUGCUGAAGUACAGCUUUGAGGAAGUCAAACAGUACCUGCAGCAGCAUCUGAUGGCCGUUGAGCAGAGCAACAUCUUGGAAGAGUCAGAUAAAACAGAACUAUAUUUAUUGUACAUCAACUGCCUUGAGGAUUCCAUGUUUGAUCGGUUGCAGUUUAGGUCCACUGCAGACCAGCAGGUGUAUCUGCAGGAUGAAAGUGUCUUCCUGACCGAGUACCUGCAGUUACAGGGUCACUCUGCUGAAGCAGCCACUGUAGAUUAUCUGCAGCAGGUAGCCAGAGUACGCAUGGACCUGGAUAUGGCCGCAUGCCUCAUUGUGACACAACUGAGAGCCUCAGAGCUUCAAGAGAGUGGUCUAAGUGGAACCACAGCCUUCCUGACCAGCGUGGUGAGCUUGUGUAGACGCAGUGCAAACAACUGGUAUCGUGUCUACUUGAUCCGUAAGAUCUGCAGCCAACAUGGAGUAGAGUUUGUCCUGAAGCUCCUGAAAGUGGAUGAAAUCCGCUGGCUCUUCCCUGAAGAAGUUCUCAAAAAGAGUGAUGAGGCCACCCCAGUAGACCAGUACCUUGUGUGUGGGGAGGACUACAAGACGAUCAGAAAUGCUGUUGCAAAGGUAGUCAUGGAAGGCAAAGUGGAUGGACUGGAGGAGACCUGUGAGGGGUGCAGUUGCUUACCGCAGUGGAAGACAGUUUUUCUUCUGCUGGCACUGUACAGAGAAGUUACCACUCUCUACAGAGAUGCCAAUGCUAGCUUCCUUCCCAAGCCUGAGCAAAUGGAAGCCCUGUUGGCCUACAUCCAGACCUCAAAAUUCAUUCCAAGUCCACAGAUGAAGAAGUUUGCUCAAGUUCUGGUGACAAACCAACUCACCACGCUGGACCUUCCUCCCGGGACAUCUGGGGCCAAGUAUGCCUUGGUGGACUUAAGUAUUCACCUGGCUGUUGUCUUGCUCUGUGGGAACCAGGGAAUCUUGACACCUCUGCAGCAACUGGCAAUGGCACCUGCAAACAUGCAGGCAGCCUUCUUGCCUACCAUGCCUGAGGACAUGUUGGCAGUGGCUCGACAAGCCAUGGGACAACUGCAGUGGUACCAUUGUCCAGCUGGUCACCCCUGCACAAUUGGAGAGUGCGGCCAGCCGAUGGAACAAGGUCGUUGUUUGGACUGUGGUGCUGUGAUUGGAGGAGUGAAUCACGUACCCGUGCCAGGAUUUCAAUUUGUUGGAAUACAGGCUGACCGCACUCAAACAGGCCACAUCCUGGGGGACCCCAGGCGCAGAGACAAUCCAGACAUGCUGGACACAAAGAGCCUCUCUCCGGUUCCUUUCACCAUUGUUCGCAUGCUCACUCACAUGGCCAUGCUACUUGGUACCUGCAGCAACCUACAGUCCAUUUCAGCCAUCAUCAAACCUCCAGUGCCUGACCCUGGUGAAUUUCUACUUGCUCACCUACAAAAAGACAUGGAACAUCUUAUCAGAUCCCUGGGUAAAGGGACAGACGACACUGUCAGCGCCAUUCACCUGCUCAUCAACAGCCUCCUGCAACAAGCAUGGCCUGUUCCAAACAACAAUCUGCUCACCACCAAAGAGGCUAGAAAUGGAUGGGAGAUGGAAGUGAGCAACACCAUCAUCACACCUCAGCUGAAGCACUUGGAUAGACAGCUUAAGGAAGUGAACACAUUCAUCCGAGCUGACUCUCGCAUCUCUGCCAAUCCCAUCAUGAAGCUCAUGUUUGGGGAUCCUCGUCUCUUCUUGGCGUCACUUCCCCAAAAUUCCCUGAUCCAUCGUUCUGCCGUGUGGAGCUGCAGGGAGAAAGUAUGUCUGCUCAGCCUCACCCACAUUGUAGAGCAGAACGGCGGCAAGGACACCCUGCCUGUGCUCUGGAGGUUUCUGCAUAAGGAAGCAGAGGUCCAGCUGGUGAAGCACCUUCCUGACAUCCUCACACUGCAAAGAGAUCUUGUCAAGAAGUUUCAGAACGUCACCGAGCUGACUUUCAGCUCUAUUGCUGACUUCCUCCACAGUCAGAAAGCAGUUUUCCUGAGAGCCUGGUAUGAGAAACACAUCAAAAUCUUCCUAAAAACCUGGAAUCAGCUCAGAGUGUCUUUGGCGACUAACGGUGAGAUUAAGAUCCCGGCUGAUCUGUGCGAGAGAGAUCUGGACGUCCAUAGUGACUUUAAGGUGCUGCUGCCACGGAGACAAGGCCCUGGUCUGUGCUCCACAGCCCUCGUCAGCUACCUCAUUGCCCUGCACAAUGACCUGGUGUACUGUGUGGAUAAACACACCGGAGAGGAGACCAGCUACAAAGUGAGCCCUGCAGACCUGACCGACCUCCAUGUGAUCCGGUAUGAGCUAGAGAGGGAUCUGAUGCCACUGGUUCUGUCCAACACUCAGUACAGCAUUGAGAGAGGCCAGGAGACUCUCCACGAGUAUGACCUGCUCAAAAUCCAGCAUCAGAUCAUCUCACGCUUCUUACUGGGGAAACCUCUCCUCACUCUUAAUGGCAUUCCAACACUAGUAAACAGACAUGACCGCAACUAUGAGAUUAUCCUGAAGGAUGUUCAAGAAAAAGUCAAGCAGGAGCCUCUUCAGACUCUCACACUGUUUGCCAUGGCGGGGGAGCUGCACUCCUACAGCGAGGUGUGUGAGGCCUUGUCCACCCUGGAAGUGGCCUUAGGCUUCCUCGCUAUGACUGGGGGAAUGGCUCUCAUGCAGCUGUCCUGUUACCUGGAGGAGGUGCUGCAGAUGGAAAACCAGAUGGCUCCACACAUAUUCAAGGCCCUAAGUAUGUGCUGUCUAAAGCAUUGUGUGGCUCUCUGGCAGCUGCUGAUCUCGCUGAAAUCAGAACACAUGCUCCGGCUCAAGAGGGAUCCAUUCGUUGAAGUCUCAGAGAAGUACAAACAAGUCCUUGGUGAAGACGAGCACCGGCUGCUGACUGGCUUCUUCUCUAAGAAUAGUGCUGACACUUUCCUGCUGGAGAUGCACGAGUUCCUAUAUCUGGUCCUUAAGAAGCCAAAUGCACUUGACACCUUCAAGCCUGACUGGAGCCUGAAAGACACACUGGUUUCCUAUAUGGAGCGCAAAGACCUGGAUGCCCCCCCUGAUGUGGAGGAGUUGUUCCCAGCAGAGAUCUGCCUGUGCCACUAUGUCGAAGCCUGGAAGUUCAUUGUGGCCUUCAAACAGGAGCGAGGGCAGAGACAGUGAGAUCAAGACAGAGGGGUUGUGUUUUUUAGAAGCUUUCUUUAUUUGAAGUACUGAAAUACCUCAGAUGAAGUUUACAAUCGUGAUGAAUCAGAAAUAUUGCGGUAUGGCUGUUAGGUCUAAUCAGUGUUUUACACAGAUUAAUGCUGAAGAGAUGUGCCUUUUAAUUAGCACUAUUUUGAAGUUUCAUAGUGCCACAGAGAGUGUUCCCUUUUCAUCUACAGUUGUGAAAAUAUAACCUUUGUGGUGAUCUGUUCUUAUUUUGUAUUAUCUUACAUUUCUUGAGCUUACAGAGUUUCUGUACAGCUGAAAGUUUCCUUGAUGAUGCUUUACUUGAAAUGUGUGCGAUAAAUAAAAAUCUGAACUCUGCUCAGGUACAAAAUGUGGAAUGACUAUCUGGACUUAAAACUACAUGACCCUGACAGUUCCUAUUCCUUUUACCUUCUUUGUUAUGUUGAUGUGUAUUAUGUAUUGUGAAACUUGCACUAUCCUUUCUUUUACUUUUUUAAUUCACAGUCUAGAGAAAUAUAUCAAGUGUAUUUCCUUGUUUCACAUUCCAGUUUUGACCUUUUUGUGUAAUUUCUCACAGAUUGCAACACUGUUUGUUUAUUUGUUGAUUGUUGUUUUACCUGAGAUUUGUUAUUUUUUGUGCCCUUGUUAAAAAAGAAAGAAAAACAACCCCAAAACUGCUUCCAAUAAAGCAGAUAUGUGCCCUUUUAUGUGCUUGUUUUUUGUAAGAUGAAAAAUGAAUGCACGACAAAACUUACAUGUUUGAAUACAGCUUGUUUCUCCAUUUUC